AACAAUUAAAAACUUGUGUGUCAGCUGGACUCCUCACAUACUCUCACACAAGCUGUGAAGAGUUUGUCUUCCUCUUCUAGCCCAACAAACUGGGUCCUCUAGCCAAGUCCUGGGCUGAGAAAGAAAGAUAAAGAGAGAGAGAGAGAGAGAGUUGGGGAAGACAGAAAGAGCUAAAGAAACAGAUUAAGAGUGUGAAAGAGAGAAAGAAAAGACCGGCAUCAUGGCAGAAACCAGUAUGAAGAUCAAGCUGCCCGUGGCCUGCUUCAUCAUGCAGAUCAUCCUCAUCAUCAUCUUUGGCGUAUUGGUGGAAUACGACGAUGGAACUGACGCCAAGAAAUUUCACCAGCUGCAGAGCAAUGGCACAACCGACAUUGAGAAUGAAUUCUACUUUAGAUACCCCAGCUUCCAGGACGUGCACGUGAUGAUCUUUGUGGGCUUCGGCUUCCUCAUGACCUUCCUGAAGCGCUAUGGCUUCAGCAGCGUGGGCUUCAACUUCCUGAUCGCCGCGCUGGCCCUCCAGUGGGCCACCCUCAUGCAGGGCUUCUUCCACGGCAUGCACCACGGCAAGAUCCACAUCGGAGUGGAGAGCAUGAUCAACGCUGACUUCUGUACGGGGUCGGUGCUCAUCUCUUUUGGAGCGGUGCUCGGCAAGACCAGCCCUGUCCAGCUGCUGGUGAUGGCCGUCAUUGAAGUCACUCUGUUCGCUAUAAACGAGUUCAUUCUGCUUGGCCCUCUUGGAGCCAAAGAUGCCGGUGGAUCCAUGACCAUCCACACAUUCGGUGCUUACUUUGGCCUGGUCGUGGCUCGCGUGCUUUACCGCCCGAACCUGGACAAGAGCAAGCACAAAAACGGCUCUGUCUACCAUUCAGACCUUUUCGCUAUGAUUGGCACCAUCUACCUGUGGAUGUUCUGGCCCAGCUUCAACUCGGCCAUCACUGCCCACGGAGAUGACCAGCACAGGACGGCCAUGAACACCUACUACUCCCUGGCAUCCUGCACACUGGCCACCUACGGCAUGUCCGCCCUGGUCUGCCACGAGGGCAAGCUGGACAUGGUGCACAUUCAGAAUGCUGCUCUUGCUGGAGGUGUUGCCGUGGGAACAGCUGGAGAGAUGAUGCUGACUCCUUUCGGCUCCAUGAUCGUGGGAUUCCUGGCUGGAACCAUCUCUGUCCUGGGCUACAGGUUCCUUUCGCCCAUUAUGGAGGAGAAGCUGAGGAUCCAGGACACAUGUGGCGUCCACAACCUGCACGGCAUGCCGGGGGUGCUGGGGGCCAUCGUUGGGGCCGUCACCGCCUCUGUGGCCUCCAAAGAUGUCUAUGGGGAUGGGUUGGCAGAUGUGUUUCCAUUGAUCGCUAGCGGCGAACUUGAUGCCUCCACACAGGGAGUACGUCAGGCUAUCUCUCUGGCUGUGACUCUGGGCAUAGCGCUUCUUGGAGGCCUGAUCACAGGGUUCAUUCUGAAGCUGCCCAUCUAUGGAGCUCCCCCUGACACUGCCUGUUAUGAGGAUGCACUCUACUGGGAGGUCCCUGGGGAGGAGGAGGGCCAAGGAGAACUGACCACAAUCAGGACUGAGGAGGGGGAGAAGCUCAACGGUUAAACUCAGCUAACUGAGCUGAGAGGGCAGCCCCGGCAAAUAAACACAGAGACAGAGAAACAGAUACAGAGAUACACACGCAUGCACACACACACACACACACACACACACACACACACACACACACACUCCCAGAGAGAAUGAGAGAUAGAGGGGAGAGAGAGAGUGAAAAACAAGGUGCAUUUUGAUGUGCCAAAGACGAGCGGUUUGGGUGGCUGCAAAGGGUUCAUUUCACUGGCAUGAUCACCGCAAGCCACAAGGGGGCGCAAUAGGGGAGAGGCAGACAGACACAACAUUCUGUGAUGCUCAUGCAUGACUGGACCCACUGCCUUUUUGAAUCACUCACUGCCUUAGUAUUUGAAAAAAGAACCUGUAGUUCCUAUGUGUAUAUGUUCCCAGUUUUUAGGAAAUUAAUAUGAAUCUUUUUGAAUUAUUAACAUGGAUUUAUUACAUAUCUUUUUUAUAACAUCUCAGGUGGGCAUGAAUUAUAUGUGUGGCCUGUUUGCCAGUUUAUCUGUUACAACACCACUGGUGUGUUCAAAGGUGACAACCUAACAGCCAGUAUUAGGUACUUCUAAUGUCCACUAGAUGUCGCUUCUGGAUACUUUUUUGUAAGGGGAGCUGUUCAACGAUGUUCUAAGCAGUUCAAGCUUCAGGGAUCAGCCAAAUGUAAUUUAACACAAACAUCCACCAUUGUGAGAACAAUAAACGACCAGAGUG